AUGUCGGGGCUAAGCGGGAACGGUAAGCUGCGGCAGUGGCUGAUCGAGCAGGUGGACGGGGGGAAAUAUCCGGGGCUGGUGUGGGAGGACAGCGACAAGACCGUGUUCCGCAUCCCGUGGAAGCACGCGGGCAAGCAGGACUACAACAGGGACGAGGACGCUGCGCUCUUUAAGGCCUGGGCGCUGUUUAAGGGAAAAUACCGCGAGGGCAUCGACAAGCCUGACCCCCCCACGUGGAAAACGCGCCUGCGCUGCGCGCUCAACAAGAGCAACGACUUCGAGGAGCUGGUGGAGAGAAGCCAGUUGGACACAUCAGACCCGUACAAAGUUUAUCGGGUGAUUCCAGAGGGCACUAAGAGAGGGUCAAAGUCCUAUGAGAGCGCUUCCACUCUCACAAGCCCUCACAGCUACCCAGCGUACCCACCAUACACCCCUCUGCAAAGUCAGGUGUGUAACUUCCUGUCUCCAGCUGAGAGAGGCUGGAGAGACAUCCUGCCAGAGCAGACUCACGUUUCGGACAUCCAUUCUUCUUACAACCAAAACUCAUACGCUCCACACUGGGACAAUGGUUACCAAAUCAGUGGCUCCUUUUACAGCUGCAGUGCCUUUGACCCUCCUCCACUCCCCUUUAACUUAGACUCAAGCUUACGAUCAGCAGAGGCUCUGGCUUUCUCAGACCCCAGGCUACAGGUAUGUGUGUUCAGUGGAGAUUCUCUGGUCAGAGACGUGACCGUAUUCAGUGUGGAGGGCUGCAGACUGGCUCCCUAUGAGGAGAACCAGGCCUACGGAGGCCCAGCAGGGCCAGAACUGGUGCCGCUUCCACAUUGUGAGGGCAGUGAGCUGGAGCGUGGUGUUUUGAUCUGGAUGGCUCCAGAAGGCCUGUGUGCCCGUCGUCUUUGCAACGCCAGGGUCUACUGGGAGGGAGCACACGCCCCCUACACUGACAAGCCCAACAAACUGGAAAGAGACCACACCAGCAAGCUUCUGGACACUCAGCUAUUCAUCGCAGAGCUACAGGCCUGUUAUUUGCAGGCGCGUCCUUUGCCCCGAUUCCAGGUGCUGUUGUUUUUUGAGGAGUGCCACAAUACCCAGAGGAGGCCCAUAACAGUGCAGGUGGAACCAUUAUUUGCUCGCCAACUGCUCCUCCUCUGCCAGCAAAGCAGCACAAAUCACAUGAGGGCUCACGAGCUUACACCACUGUUCUGGGACCAGCUGCCUCCCCAGCAGCUGGACUACCCCUCCAACAGCCCCCAUCAGUCCCAUGGCAACACUGUGCAGGACUGGCCUCUCUCCACCCAGUCUGUAGAGCAGGGUACACUCAAGAGGGAGAGUGACCUGACUGAAUACAGGAGCAGACUUGUUUCAUAGAACUAGAAUACAUAAGAUUUUUUUAAAGUUUGUACUAGAAAGAAUGUUUUUAUUUACUUCCAUCUGCUGAUAUUAGACAUUUUUCAGCUCUCUUAUUACUUUAUUACUCAUAUCAGCUUUAUAACGUUUCUGUUUCCUGAAGCUUAGCAACAGCAACUCAGCAGUUGGCAACGUUAUUCUUUCUUGUUCAUUAUAAACAACCCAAACAAGGUGAUUUGAGGAUGCAAGCAAACAGCAGUGACAAAAGUCUGAAUAAAUUAAAUCUAACUGCUGUUGUAAUGUUCUGCCAAGGCUCAUGGAGUCAACUGAGAAAAUGCAAAAAUGUUUUCAGUCUUUGUGGAAAUCUGUGUUCAGACUAGCAUUAACAUAGGUCUACAUAUAUCAAUCAGUUUGUUUGUUGACACUUUGUUUUUCCUUAACAGUUUAAGCAUUAUUCUGGAAUUAUACCAUCAACAAGACCAAAAAAUAAAAUUCAAACAACAAAUAAA